AUGAGCGUACUACUGCAGUCUGGCCUCUUUGGCCUUGGUCCACCGUGCUCAAUCGCUAUAAAUUUCGAAGACGCAGAGACGCGAAAACAAGCAUCCGUUAAGCGGGAGAGUGGCCAAACAGAGUUAGUGCCCUUGUUUCAUGGCCAAGACACGGUCGCGGGAGAGGUGAGGAUAGAGCCUUUGCCGGGGAAAAAAAUCGAACACACCGGUGUCAAGAUCGAGCUGAUCGGCCAAAUCGAGCUUUUCUUUGAUCGCGGAAACUUCUACGAUUUUACAUCUCUCGUGAGAGAGCUCGACAUUCCUGGCGAGAUAUCCCAGAGGAAGAUCUACCCUUUUGAGUUUCAAAACGUGGAGAUGCAGUAUGAGUCGUACAACGGUGUCAACGUUAGACUGAGGUACAUUUUGAGAGUGACUGUCAGUCGAAAUUAUUCGUCCAACAUUGUCAAGGAGAAGGACUUUUGGGUACGGAAUAUCUUGAAAGAGCCGGAAAUCAACAACACAAUCAAGAUGGAGGUUGGCAUUGAGGACUGUUUACACAUCGAGUUCGAGUACAACAAAUCGAAGUAA